AAUAAAACGAAGAAGAAUCAUGACGUGCUCAUACAGCGACUAGUGCUCCACACGAGGAUGUCCAACUUUAGACCAAAACAGAGAAAUUCAGUCGUUUCUUCAUAAAUUAACGAGCGAAAGAAAAAGACACCAAGCCGGUCAGAUUCGGAUCAGACAGAAUGUCGGACUUUUCAUCGCUGGGUCUCUCUGAUUGGCUGAUUAAACAGUGUAAACAGCUGGGGAUCAAUAAACCAACUCCUGUUCAGGAAAACUGCAUGCCAGCUAUUCUGCAAGGUAACUAAGAUUUACUUAGAUUAAGAAUAAAGGAAGAAUAAGAAGAACUUUAUUGAUCCAAGAAGGGAUUACCUGGAUGUUUAAAUAGAGUGCUGUGUUAGUCUGUGCUCGACUAAAGAUGAUAUAGAUAUUUGUCCAAUUCUGAAAAUAGAGUUUCCAAACUGCUAAUCAAAUCAUAUUUAAAGUAAAAUGAUGAUUUGAAAAUAGACUGUAACCUGCUGUCGGAGGUCCUGUGUUCUCCUAUAGUCUUAAGAAACCUAUCAGAGCUGUUUUCUAGAGGUAGACUUUGGCAUUUAGUUUAUAGAUUUAUUUAAUUAAAACAGCUGAUAUACAUAAUAUAUAUAUAAGUUUCACUGGUUAACUUAACCCCAUUUGGACAGAGAGAUUGUAGGGGAGAGUGGGGUAAGUUGAGCCACCUCCUGUUGCUUGGAAAUGGUAAAAGAAAUUGAUCAUGUGACCAAAUAUUUAGGAGAUGGGCAUCAAUUCAUGGAGUCUGUGAAGGUUAGAAGCACAUGGGUGAAGAGGUUAGACAUUUAUUUAAAAAAAAAAAAAAAAAAACACGGCUUAACCCACCCCACUCCUAUGGUCAACUUACCCCAUACACAAGGUUAGUUGACCAUAGGAGACCACUUUUUUUUGUCAUGCUAUAUUAUCAAGACAGUUCUGUUUACACUCAUUCUGUUGGUUUGCAGGGAUGAACAACAUCUUGAAAUACAUGCAGAUACACUAGUUAGAGACAAAACUAUGAUCGUCUUGAUGUAGAGAUCUGAAAUAUGAAAAAAUGGCUCAUCUUACCCCACUCUCCUCUAAAUGUGUAUUAGUUUCGGACAUCAGUUAUCACUCUCAUGUGUCACUAUGAAAAGGUUUAUCGCCUCAACAUGAUCUGGUGACUGAUGGUGACUUUCUUCCAGGUCGGGACUGUAUGGGCUGUGCUAAAACUGGAAGUGGGAAGACGGCAGCGUUUGUGUUGCCGGUGCUGCAGAAACUGUCAGAAGACCCUUAUGGCAUCUUCUGCUUGGUGCUUACUCCCACCAGGUCUGUGUUGUAGCAUCUGUGUGGAGAACUUGAACUCUUUUAGAAUCUAAAAAAGAAAGACAUUUUUGCACGAAACACUUUCAUUUCUUAAAUUUUGUCUUUAAUGGACUUGUUAUUGAAUAGUUAUGUGAAAAAUGUGCUAAAAUAUUCUUUAAAAAUAGUAUUAUAUGUGUGAUGUCAUACAGGGAGCUGGCCUAUCAGAUUGCAGAGCAGUUUCGGGUGCUGGGGAAGCCCCUGGGUGUGAAAGACUGCAUCAUUGUCGGUGGAAUGGGUAAUUUUACAUACACAGUACAUGUCCACAGCUCAGAUUGAUUUUUUUCUUUAUGUCAUUAAUUUGAAUCAUCUCACCUCUCUCAUUAUUACCUUUCCUCGGUGUUAAUGUUGUCAUUGUUGUGUUUCUUCAAGACAUGGUGACUCAGGCCCUGGAGCUCUCCAACCAGCCACAUAUCGUCGUAGCAACACCAGGGCGCCUGGCUGAUCACAUCCGCAGUUCCAACACCUUCAGCAUGAAGAAGAUCCAGUUUCUGGUGAGACCAGGAGAGAACACAAACAAUUAUGGAUUCAACAAACUCUAUUGGUGAUAGAUUUAGUAAACUAUGACCUGUUUGGCAACAUUAGGACUCAGCUAAGUCCAGAAAGUUGAUAAAUUAAGUGCCAGUUUGAUGAACUGUUAUUCAAUGACUGAAUUUAUCUAAAGAAAACUCAGUAUGAGGAACAUAAUGCUCUGUUUUGGUUACAUACGUCACAUGUAGAGCUCCAAAUCAUGGGCACAUUUCCAAUUAUUUUUUUGUCUUUUAAAACAACAGCUGAUCAUAAAAUGGCUCAUUCUGCAGGGUUUUACAUCUCCCUGAAAAUUUGUCUUAAAACACAAUAACAGAAUCCUGAAAUCAGAAUUCUAGUUGAUCGAAACAGCAGAUUUCAAAAUAAGAGAAAAGCUGUCUUUCUCAUUUUGAAGGUCAGUUAACACCAAGAUAGUUAAAACCUCUUAAGCUGCCCCCAUUUUAAACUUCACAUCUCUACAUUUUGUGCUCCCGCCUCUGUGUCAGAUCAUGGAUGAGGCCGAUCGUCUGUUGGAGCAGGGCUGCACAGACUUCACCAAAGAUCUGGAGACGAUCCUGCGGGCUUUACCAGCUAAAAGACAGACUCUUCUGUUCAGCGCCACACUGACUGACACCCUGCAGGAGCUGAAGAGCAUCGCCAUGAACAAACCUCACUUCUGGGAGAGCAAGUCAGAGUGAGUGAACUGAAGGCUGAAGGUGAAAACUGUGCAGUCAGUCAUGGAGGAGGGAGAUAGUACAGUUGAUUAGUGCUAAAAAGUUUGUGUUUGGUGUAAUAGUUACUGUAUUUUUCAUUGAGGGUAUUUUAAUGAUAGGACGUUUUAGAAAACCAUAGAGGCAAGAUUUACUGAAGCUUGUGUGCAACAUUCUUGUAUGAAACUGGAGCCUGAGUGUGGGAGUUCAUUUGCAUGUCAUCUGAUCUGGGGUGUGUGUAAUCUAAUCUCUCCCAUGGAUGCAUUUGGUGUACAUAAGUGGGAGUUGUGCAAAUUACAGCUGCAGACAUGUUUAGUGAGGCUGAGUGGGCUUUCUGCUGCUUUUAUUUUUGUUUUGACUAUUUGUGAGGACUGUGCGGGGAGCAGCUACAAACUACUGCAGGCUCAUGUCACAGAGGGUUGUGAUGUGGAGCAGGAUCUCACAGAGGACUAUCAAGGAAUAUAACAGUAGGAAGAAAGACAUUUAAAAAGAGAAGGCUCUUUAUUUUAAAUAUUGAAAAGUAAGUUGACUGUCAUGUGAAGUUGGCUUCAGAGGAGGAAGCGCCAUUUUUGAAGAUUUAAGUCCUAUUUUCAAAAUUAUUCAAAAUUUUCAGGAUAUUUGAACCUUAAACUAAUUUUUUUUUUGCUUUAAUCUGAAAAUGACAAAAAAAUUUGAACCCUUAACUCUUGCAUAACAGUAUUAAAACUCGAAAUUUUAACGCGAAUUAUCUUCCAUCUUUGAAAAUCUUGUUGAAUAUCGUUUUCAUCUCGUCAAACACAACAAAAUCUGUAAACCUGAAGCUUUUUAAAUUUGAUGACAGCAGCAGAAUGAAAGUUAAAACCAUCCUUUUACAAACUUUAUCUGACUUUUAGUCCCAGAUUAGACCAGCUCCAUGGUUUCUGUUUUCAACUCGGACGCUCUGGCCGUAUAAACUCUAUUGUGAACUCUGACUUUAUUACAGGACAAAAACAGUGGAGGAGCUGGACCAAAGGUUCAUCCUCACUCCAGAGAAGGUGAAGGACGCCUACCUUGUCCACCUGAUUCAGAAGUUUACAGACGAGCACGAUGACUGGUCUAUCAUCAUCUUCACCAACACAUGCAAGUAAGAAACUCAGCCAGGAGUCUUAAAAAUCUCAGAAAAUGUCCUGUAUUCUGUUGUUUUCCACACCUACACUUUACACUUAACCUACAGUUUUUGUUAAAUUGAUGGUUAAGAUGAUUAUUUUGAUGUCUCUGAAACAUGAAUCCAAGCUUGAUCUGUAACCAGAGGUCUCCACACACAUAUCACAGUGAUUUAGUGUGGUAUAGAUGUAAAAACAUGUCCAAUCUUUUGCUUUUUCAGGGACUGUCAGAUCCUCACCAUGAUGCUGCGUGAAUUCAACUUCCCGACUAUCUCCCUGCACUCUAUGAUGAAACAGGUGAGGCAGACACCAUUACAAAGUCCAGUAACUAAAGUAGCUAAAGAGGAGUCAGAAUUUAGUCCUUGAAGUUUACACACACACAGAUUUUAUUUUGCUUUGUGUGAGAGAAAAUCAGGAAAUGGUGAUGUGAAGCUGAUACUGGACUUUAAAAUCAUGUUUGUCACAUUUGACACGAAGACAGAGGCAGAGCUCUUUAUGGUGAUGCAGGAACUGUCAGUGUAAAGGAUUAAGACAGAUUACAGCCUAUAAAUGAGUGGGUCUGCAGACUGAAUGAGAACUCUUUAUCUCCUCCAGAAACAACGCUUCGCAAACCUCGCCAAGUUCAAGGCCAGUGUCUACAAAAUCCUGAUCGCAACAGACGUGGCUGCGAGGUCAGAAGCUUCGAUAAAAAAAACUUAAGUAUUUCUGUUAUUUAGUUUUUGGAGUUUUCACGCUGUCUUCCCUUUUUUUCUGUCUUUUAGAGGUUUGGAUAUUCCAACUGUCCAGGUCGUCAUCAACCACAACACGCCCGGCCUUCCUAAGAUCUACAUCCACAGAGUCGGACGCACAGCCAGAGCAGGUGAUAUCACAUUGUAUUUCAAUUAACUACCCACAAACUUUUAUCUUUUCCCUUCCCUGGAUCACUGAAUAUAUGGAUUUAAACUAUAACAAGGUUUCCCUCCUCUGUAGGGAGGAACGGCGUGUCCAUCACGCUGGUGACUCAGUACGACAUCCACCUGGUCCAAGCCAUCGAAGCGCAGAUUCGUAAGUUUUGUUGUAAUGAAGUUUGUUCAAAUGUAAUUGACAUGUUCAUUAUGAUGACAAGCAGUAUGGCUGAAUAUUUGCUGAAUGGGUCUAUUGUAGUCCAAACCUUUACAGACAGGAGGUUAAAUAGUGGGAUCCUCAAAACAAACACAGCUGUUAGGGGGUCGGGAUAGCUCAGUCUGUAAAGCAGGCGCCCUGUGAACAUGAGCUGUAGUCCUCAUAAAGGAUCAACUCUGUCCUGGCAGUAUCUAGUGCACAUCAUCCAUAAACAAUGCUGUUGUUUCCACAGAGACAAAGUUGAAGGAGUAUCCAGUGGUGGAGAAAGAAGUCCUGAAGAUCCUCACGCAGGUCAACGUGACCAGACGGGAGUGUGAAAUAGUAUGUCACCUGUUCAUUUCUGUGUAUUCAGUCCUUACCUCUCAUCCUGGUGGUUCAGUGAAUACGAGUUACUGCAUAUGUUACUUAAUACACUGUCUUCAGAGUUAAGUGAUUGACCCACUGACACUAUAACUGGUUUGUCUUUUCUGCAUUACAGAAACUGGAGGCAACAGACUUUGAUGAGAAAAAGGAGAUUAACAAGAGGAAACAACUGAUCUUGGAGGGGAAGGUAAAGUUCUGCAGGACAUAGCAGUCGUGAAUCACAGAAUUUUAUACAGGAAAACAAACAAAGUGAAUUAGUGGAUUUUUCCUAAUUAGCUUGAUUUAUUUCUCAUAGCAUAUAUUUGUUUUUUGUUGUUGAAGUCUGAACUUUUAUUGGUUUUUGUAUUUUACCACAUCUCUGGUGAAUUUUCUGAAAAGUUCAUUUUUUCCACCAUAUUUUAAGGUGGGGUAGGCAGGAUCUGAGGAAGUUCCAGAUUGUGGAAGAAAUCUUGAAUGUAUCACUACACCCUCAACCAGUUUUCCCCUCAGCUCCUCCUCUCCCCUCCCUCACUGCUCCAGCAAGCCCCGCCCACAAACAGAUGCUAGUGCUCGCUCCAGGAAAGCGAGCCCAGUCAAUGAGGCCCAGUCAAUGUGAAAGUAAAAAGCAUUGGUGCUACUGUAGAUGCCAACCAUAGACUGUAUAUAGAAUGGACGCCGUCUGCCUCCUUGCUGGGUGAAGCCACCCGAGAACAGCACCCUCUGUUGACGGACUGCAGUAUAGGUCAUAAAUCCCGCCUCCUCCGGCCUUCCUUAUGGAGUUGUGGACAAACUAGAAAUUAUUAAUUAUGCAAUAACUACACAGAAUAUACUUUUUUUCCCCCCUGCAUGCGAUGUUGACGUAGUUAAUAUAAAACUGAAAUAAGUUCAGGAAGCUACAAAUUCUAGAUGAACUAUUAUUGAUCAGCGAUAAAUCUGCUUUUACAGGAUCCAGACCUGGAGCUGAAGAGGAAAGCUGAACUGGAGAAGAUCAGGAAACAGAAGAAGUUGUUCCAACAGAAAAUCCAGGAGAGCAUUCAGAAACAGAAACAUGGGCAGCUGAAGAAGAAACUGAUGAAGAGGAAACAGAUGAAGAAGAAAAAGGCUGAACAGGAAACAGCUUGACAACUGCUGUGACCCAUCGACUGUAUAUAGGAGUUUUAUAAUGUCUGUACAAUAUCUGUAAUAUUUUCAUAUCUGUGAGCGCGUGCAAAUAAAUGAGCAAAGCUUCAAACCAUAAAAA